GCCACAUCCAAAGAUGCCAGCUUCAGCAUCAAGGUCAAGAACACCGACACCAAUGCGAUCCUCUCCCGCAAUCAAGAUGGCAUUGAGUUGGCCAUUGACCCGGGGACAUACAUCGUUACGCUCUCAAUGCGAUCCAGUAGCGGGAAGCCACUGGCAGCUUGCUCGACCUUCUCGCUGAACUUUCUGCUCAUUCAGAGGAAGAUGUUGCCUGUGUGUCCCUGGGCUCCUGGUUCAUCGGACCAGUCAUCCAUUGCCGAAGCCCAGCGACAAGCCAGCGAUCACAUUGGCAACGUCCUCACAGACCUGGUGGCUCAGAAGAUUUCCAAAGAGAUGCAGGAGCACAAGCCCGUGACGCUCUGGAUGUCUCAGGGCAUGUCCAAGAUCACGGAGCUGUCCUUGGACACGACUGCAGCGGUGAGGAUCGACGUCAGCGUGCAGCCGCCCUUCCUGCCCUUGGAAAUCGAACUCAGGAAGAAGAGAAGUAUGGAAAAGCUCGAAGCACCGGUGGCCACGGCACAGUGGACAGAGCAUCGACUCCUCUUGAUGUACAGCGACCUUCCACCGGGCGAGUACCAAGUGAAGUUCCUGCAGCCCAGGGAUUACAUGGCCUUUUCCAACCAGGCGAAGCAGGAUCUGUCCGAUCUCUGCGCGCACUUGACCAUUUCUGCGGAGGUGGGCGCCUCCUCCAAAGAGGCCGUGAACUCCAUGCGCUCAGAGCUCCUCGACCUACCAGAUCUUCUGGCAGUGCAGCCCUUUCCCUCCAGCAUGAACAUGGUCGGUUGGUUGUCCGGCACGUCCACAGUGGGAACACAGGUGUACAGGUUCAAAGAAGACAUCAACAAGGCCAAGCUCAAACUCGACGAAAAG